GAUUGUCGUUCAGUUGUCUUUGGUUGCUUGACGCGAUAGCUCGCUUCAGAUAGAUAUCUCUGCUGUAGGAUUCGCAACUUCGGUGCGACUCGUUUUUCGGAAUCCUCAAUGAACUGAUAGAUGAAGAUCGUUCUAAGUUGUGUGAAGAACUAUUCGGCUUGCUGGUAUCUCACUGCUGCAGUGAUGCAAAUGUAGGGAACAUAUAAAUCCAGUGUUUGUUUGGUUUGUCAGGCAAAAGGUGUGAUUCAAAAGGAACCAACCCUCUUCUUUCGAGAUGUUAUGAAUGAAAAUAACGCAGUUGAGUCUCUUGCGGCGCAUUGAACGAGGAAAAUAAAAAAGUGCUUUUUAUGUUUGAAAACCAUAUUUGCUUUGCCGGUGAUGACAGCGUAAAACUUGAACAUCAUUCCCCCUCGAGAGUGCACCGAUGUGAGCCAAUAAGUGUUCGAAAAUGCAAUAGCUUGAAGUGCUAAGUGAGUCACACGUGUAACCAGUUUCAAAGUUCGUUAAGUACUUUAAUAGUACCGGUAGUGGAAAAUCAGGGUUUGUCACCAAGAGUGAAACCAGUUGAUAGGCCACUUCAAACAGGAACCGUACGAAUCUCGUCCAAUCUCAGACCUUUGGGUUGACUUUUCAUCAUCGGUAAAUUUCCGGUCUCCUGUUUGCCAACUUUCAGCAAGCCGUUCCGUGCGAAAAGAUUGUUUGCGUUGUUUCCCGCCCAGAAGAAUUUCCAGAACAAAACAAAGCAGCGCUGGCAACGCAACUCGAAACCGUCGGCGGUGACUAGGACCCAUCGCGCGGUCGAAUAUUGCUGCGAAAAAGUGGAAUUCGUUAGACGCCCUCCAGACGCAACUGCGAGUUGACGGCGUGGCGAGGCGUGUUGGACGUCUUUGAAGAAAAUCCGGUGACAACUGCACGCGUAGGAAGAGACGUCUUUUUAUGUCUUUUAACAUGUGCGGCUAAGGAAGGGUAUCUUAACACGUCGUGGGGAGAAAAGUGUGUCAGAAGUGUUGCACAAGAUCAGAGGAAGAAACGAAUCACAAUGAAGAUCAAUGCAAAGUAUGUGUGCGCCUUGUUGGCAGUGUUCAGUGUGAAGCACAUUAGCUGUGAUAGUUUACCGUGUGAUUUCAUCGAUUCGAUCAACAUCACCGAUGGGAUCCGCGACGUGCUGGGGAAUAUCGUCCACAAUAACAUCCUCUAUAAGCCUAAGUACUACAGGACAAUCGAUUAUGACUAUGAGGACUUUUCCACUAAGAAGUUCGUCAACGAAUACAUUCGGGGAUGUCCUUGCGCAGUGCGUUUGUGCGUAAGAAUGUGCUGCCCGGAAGGAACGGUUAUGUACGACUAUCAGUGCCUGUCAACCACGAACAAAUUGGAGGUGCUUGUUAACACCACAUUGUUCAAUGUGCAGCGAAGUUUUGAAGUGGUUGAUCUGACGGAGAACAACAUGUACGGGUUUCUGUACGGUAAACCGUGUGAAUCCGUGUAUGAGCUGAAUCGUGCCGAUGAUAUUUGGUCGUUUGCAAGGAAUGGCAGCAUCAUUCACGACUCGAGACUACUUACCCGAAACCAGUUUUGCCUUAUGCAAAACAAUGUCUCGCAGCCGGUCACACCAUUCGUGUGCUUCGAACCGCAGGAGGAGUUCAAAUAUGCGCUCUACCCAAUUGGAAUGCUUCUGUCGGUGCCGUUCCUGCUGGUCACCUUCUUCGUCUAUGCCUGCAUCCCGGAGCUGCGGAAUAUGCACGGAAAAUCACUGAUGUGCUACGUGCUGGGAUUGGCCGCCGGCUACACGGUGCUGUCGUUGGUUCAAAUGGGUCUGUUCGAAGGAAGCAGCCUGCACUGCAAGGUGUCCGGCUAUUUAGUGUAUUUUUGGUUCAUGGUUAGCUUCUUUUGGCUCAACGUCAUGUCGUUUGAUAUCUAUUGGACAUUUAGGGGAGUCCGAGGAGCCAAAAGCACCGAGCGAAAAAAGUUCGCUUUAUAUUCCCUUUACGCAUGGGGCUGUCCGUUGUUGCUGAUUACGAUAUCGCUGAUCUUCGACCAUACGGAGCUAAUCCCACCGAACUACAGGCCCCAAAUCGGUGUCACCAGGUGCUUCAUCAUCGAGAACAAAUAUGUGGAAUUUUUCUACAUGUAUCUGCCGCUGUUGCUGUUGGUGUUUGCCAAUAUGUUCUUCUUCGUGAUAACCGCGGUGCGAAUCAUUAAAAUUCAGCGGGAAACCUCAAUGGUGCGACGGGGAGAUUCCAAGCGUCAUUCCAAGCUGGACAACGAUCGUGAUAGGUUCGGCCUGUACCUGCGGUUGUUCAUCGUGAUGGGCGUGACCUGGUCGCUGGAGGUGAUCUCGUGGGCUGUGAAUAACGUCGCCUGGAUCUUCUACAUCUCGGACGUGUGCAACUGCAUCCAGGGCUUCCUGAUAUUCAUGCUGUUCGUGUGGAAGCAGAAAAUCAAGCGACUGAUCUACAAAAAAUUCGGAAUUCCUUUGGGCGAGGCGGAAGCGUCGCUGUCAAGCGCGAGCACCCGUACGACGACCACGACGGUAACGUCGUCCUUCAACGGUUCCAGAAUGGACAAACCUCUGGUGACGCGAGUAAGUUCGGAUCAUCAGGUGACGGCACCACCGACACCAAUGGUAGUGGACCCACUAGAAAAGAAGCUGAAGCUAAAUCAGUUCGGCUAGACUUGGAGGCCAGGCCGCAGGAGGAGCCUCUGCUACUGAGACCGGUCAGUGUCGAUCGUACCACCGAGGAGAGCAUACUGGGAAAUUGAAGAGGAAACACGGUGAAUGGCUGGAACAUUUGUUGACGACGUUGGAAGAAAACCAAAGAUAAGACGAUGUUUUAAGGUUCAUAAGUACAAAGCAUUUAGCGCAGCUAGAUUUUAAACUAAAUGAUAAAUGUGAAGACAUGUGUUCUUUUAAGCUUGAUCAAUUUCUCGAUUAAUCAUGAAGAAUCGUUAAAAAUGGUAAUUCUUGUGCUAAGGAAGUUUAGAUAGGUAGGUUGUACAUAUUUUUCAACGAAUUGUAAGAACCUUAACGGUGCAUUAUUGUUAAACACUUUUUGAACGGUAUUAGGCUGAAAGCUUUCUAGAUGGUGCCCCAUAUUGUGCACAUGUUGUUUCAAAAUUAAAUUACUUUAACACUAGUUAUCAAAGUAUUUACUAUACCUUCUAUAUGCCAGUCAUAAAUAUUAUUCAGGCUUAAAUAAAUGUGCACUUCAUAGUUUGAAAAAAUAAAA